AUGGCAAGCGCCCUGCUCCUGCUGCUGCUGCUCUCCCUCGCGUCAGCCUCACCAACUAGGCCUCAUCCUCACCAACUAGGCCUCAUCUUCAAUUUGAAUAAUGGGAACCUGUGUCUGCAAAGUGCUCAGUGCAAGAGCAGCUGUUGCCACAGGACUGGCUCGUUAAGCCUGGCUCGUUGUGCGUACCGAGCAGCCGAGAAUCAGGAGUGUUCCCCCAAGAGCAUCUAUGGGGUUUACUACAAGUGUCCCUGUGAGAAUGGUUUAACCUGCAAGGCCAAUAAGACCAUCGCGGGAUCCAUCACCAACACCAACUACGGCAUCUGCCAGGAUCCUGGGAGCUCGUCCAAGUAA